AUGUUGGCCAGUAUGUAUCUGGAGCUGAAGAAGGCCUUCACAGAACUUCAAGCCAAAGUUAUGGAUAUUCAACAGAAGGCAAAGCUUGCAGACAUACAAACUGAACAGCUAAACAAAACAAAAAGGCUUGCACACCUUACAGACACAGAGAUUAUGACGCUAAUAGAUGAGACUAACAUAUAUGAAGGCCUAGGAAGACUGUUUACUAUACAAUCCAAGGAACUAAUUCACAACCAACUGUUAGAAAAGGAGAAAGCAGAAGAAGAAAAAAAGGAGUUGGAGCAGAAAAAGUCCUACCUGGAGCAGAGUGCUAAGGAAGCUGAGGACAGCAUCUGA